GAGAUGAGUGUCAAUUGCUCUUUAUGGCAGGAGAACAACUUGUCUGUCAAACGCUUUGCAUUUGCCAAGUUCUCUGAGGUCCCUGGAGAGUGCUUCCUCCUGUUCACCCUCAUCCUCCUCAUGUUCUUGGUAUCACUGACAGGCAAUGCACUCAUAGCCCUUGCCAUCUUUACCAGUCCAGCCCUGCACACACCCAUGUACUUUUUCCUGGCCAACUUGUCUCUCCUAGAGAUUGGCUACACUUGCUCUGUCAUACCCAAGAUGCUGCAGAGUCUUGUGAGUGAGUCCCGAGGGAUCUCUCGGGAGGGUUGUGCCACACAGAUGUUUUUCUUCUCAUUCUUUGGAAUAACUGAGUGCUUCCUAUUGGCAGCCAUGGCUUUUGACCGCUGCACGGCCAUAUGCUCCCCACUCCACUAUGCAGCCAGAAUGAGCCGUGGGGUAUGUGCCCAUUUGGCAAUGGUUUCAUGGGGAAUGGGAUGCAUAGUAGGGUUGGGACAGACCAAUUUUAUUUUUUCUUUGGACUUCUGUGGGUCCUGUGAGAUAGACCACUUCUUCUGUGACCUUCCACCCCUCCUGGCACUUGCCUGUGGAGAUACAUCCCAAAACGAGGCUGCCGUCUUUGUGGUGGCAGUACUAUGCAUAUCCAGCCCAUUUUUACUGAUCAUUUCUUCCUAUGUCCGGAUUCUGAUUGCAGUGCUGAUGAUGCCUUCACCUGAGGGACGUCAUAAAGCUCUCUCUACCUGUUCCUCACACUUACUUGUAGUCACACUCUUCUAUGGCUCAGCAUCUAUAACCUACUUGAGGCCCAAGGCUAGUCACUCACCAGGAAUGGAUAAAUUCUUGGCCCUCUUCUAUACAGCGGUGACAUCCAUGCUGAACCCCAUCAUCUAUAGUUUACGGAACAAGGAAGUCAAGGCAGCACUGAGGAGAACUCUGGGCCUGAGAAAAGUUCUGAGCAGGAAUAGGUAA